AUGAAGUGGUUUCAGGACCUUGUGAAGGCCAAGGGCAGCAUCCCGUCAGGCUUCAAUUCCUAUCAGGUGCAGAAGAUCCUGGGCUCAGGCUCUUACGGCACGGUUGCCCUCUGUCACAAAAGCAACGCUGACCAGAAAGUGGCACUGAAGGUGGUGAAGAAUCCUGAUCGUGAGGGUCCUUUAAUGAGCUACCUGAGCAAAUUUGGAUCUGCGUCCCACCAUAUCGUCCAGUGGUUCUGCAGUUUCAAUUUUAACGGCCACGUCUGCCACGAGUAUGAGCUGCUGGAUAUUAGUCUGGGAGACUUUUUGGAACAGUCCUCGGCUCUGCCGCUCCACCACAUCCGGCCAAUCCUCACACAGAUGGCCGAGGGUUUGAAGUUUCUAAAGAGCGUAAAUGUGAUCCACGGAGACCUGAAGCCGGAAAACAUAAUGCUGGUGGAUUGUGUAAGGAAGCCCCUUCAGGUCAAAAUUGUAGACUUUGGACUGGCUUGUCCUGCAAAUCUCGCGGAGCAGGGCUCUUUUUUUGGGACACUUUGCUACAGCGCCCCGGAAAUGGCUGUCGGAGCUCCUGUGCACUUUGCUUUGGACAUGUGGUCGCUGGGAUGCAUAGCUGCUCAGUUGUUCCUUGGACAGCGGCUCUUCAACCCCACAAAUUCUGGUAAACUGUCAUCAAGUCGUUCUGCGAAGAUGAGGAGACCAGGCCCCAUUGAAAAACUGGAGGAUAUUUUCAUGAGGAAUCCACACCACCAUGGGGAUCUUCAUCUCUUUGUAGACCUCAUGAAACGGCUGCUGGACAUGGAUCCUGAUUCCAGGAUUGACCCUCAGGCAAUGUUGGAUCAUCCCUUCAUCAACCCAUCUCUCCUUCUACAGAGUCUUCCAACCAUCCAGGAUGCACCAGCCAAAGAGUUUCAUGGGGCAGGAAACACCACAAGCCACCUGGUUCCUCAGCACCGGACCAUAAGCCUCAGUUAG